UUUGAAUUGAAAGAGAGAUCUAUCAAGAUGGCUUGUGUUGCUUUGACUUCUCUGAUGGCAACAAUUAAGCUAGAGUUUCUGCAACCAAAUCCAAGCAGGGUUCCUCUUGAUAAUAAAGGGUUUAUAUCAAUGAAAUGUUUCUAUGAAGACCUUUCAUCUUUGCAAGAUUUUGUGCAGGAGAAAUCCGAGGGAGGGGGUGGCACUGCAAUCAGAGAACUGGAGAUACAGAUGAGAGACUUUGCACUGGAUGCCGAAGACCACAUUGAAAUACAACUAAGCAACUUUCUUCUGGCCAAAAACGGGGAGGAUCAACAAAAAGCUUAUCAGCAACUCCAUCAAACCUUGGGAGAAGCAGCAGAAAAAGCAGUGGAGUUGCUGGCAAAAAGCAAGGAAACUGAAGUGGUGAAUGAAAGUGAAGGAGCACUGAUUCCUUGGUUAAAACAUGAUUCGGCUUCGGAGCCCAGCAAUGUUAUGGUCGGUCGUCACCGUGAUCGUGAGCUGAUAAUGAACAAAUUCAUUUCGAUGUGGUCGUUUCUUACAGAACUAAAAGUGGUCUCAAUUGUUGGGAUGCACGGCAUUGGGAAAACAACUUUAAUUAGUAGUGUCUAUCAAGAUCCAGAUGUUGCAUCGUGUUUCGUUGUACGAAGAUGGGUUUCUAUGCCUGUGGCUGGGGGAUUCAAUAACGUGAGCCAACUGCUACACACCCUUCUUUGGACACUACUAGCAGAGGCAGAUGAUGAAAUUAAAAAGGGAAUCAUUCCUGAUGAUGAUCUAGCAGCUAAGCUGGUAUACAAAUGCUUGAAAGGUAAGAGAUAUCUAAUUGUUUUGGAUAACUUAUGGAACAAUCAAGCUUGGUUUGCUAUCCGGAAUUGUUUCCCUGAUGAUACAAAUGGAAGUCGUAUAGUGAUAACCACUACACAGGGGAAUUGUUAUGAUUAUGAUUAUGUUCAUAACAUGACUUUACUAAAUCCAGAAGAAAGUUGGGCUUUGUUUUGUAAAAAUCCUUUUCUGGAAUUGAAAAACCAUAUGGCAGCACCUAAAUUUGAAGAAAUUAGGAGCCAAGUUGUAGAGAUAUGUGAAGGAUUGCCGUACUCAAUUCUUGUAGUUGCAAAACGUCUAUCUAAGUGUGACAACAUAAAACAAGAAUGGAAGAAGGUUCAAAAGGAAAUAGAGUUGCUUGGAGUUCUAGAUAGGAAAGCACUGACCCACACUUACAAUCAAUUGUCACAACACUUAAAAGUUUGUUUUCUAUAUUUUGGAGUCUUCCCAAAACGCAGUGCAAUCAAAGUGAAACUACUUAUUAGGUUAUGGAUUGCUGAAGGAUUUAUUAAUUCGUUGGUGGGCCGCCAAAGGUUAGAAAGUCAAGCUUAUGAGUAUUUACAAGAGUUCAUUGAUAGAAGUCUUAUUCUAAUUGACAAUUGGAGUUCUUCUGGAAAAAUUAAGAAUUGUAGGAUGCAUAGUGCCUUGCAUACCUUUUGUGUAAGAGAAGCUCAGAAAGAGGGCAUUUUUUGUGCUUUAAAUACUCUGCAACUUCCACGAGGAUCAUUUGGCAUGUUUGCAAAUUCAUGUCGCUGGUUAAGCUUAUACACACAUAAAUUUGACUAUUAUGUGUUGUUAAGAACAAACAACCCUCGCUCCAUUUUUUUCUUUCAAGAAGAUGCUGAAAUAUCUGUAUCUUUCGAGUUGCUAAGAGUUUUGGCUUUUGUUCCAUCUUCAUUUCUUCAAAGAGUGCCAGCACGCUUACAUGAUUUAGUGUUUUUGAGAUACCUAUCUGUUACAGAAUGGUUUGAGGGUCUUGAUUAUGUAGUGUCAACCAAUCAAAACUUGCAGACACUUGUCAUUUCUAGUAAAGAGUCCCAACGUGGAACACCUACUAUCCAUUUGCCUUCAACAAUUUGGAAGUUACCGCAGCUACAACAUCUUGAACUUGACAAUUCUUAUGUGAUUGAUCCUCCAAGCAUGGAUAAAGAUAAUAUGCAAACAUUAUCUUGGGUGUGUUCAUCAACUCAUUAUAGAGCAGGAGUAUAUUGCAGGUUUCCAAACAUUGAAAAAUUGAAAGUCUUUGUAUUUUGCAGCAAUCCUAUUAUUUUGGAUAAUCUUGAAUAUUUGGAACGCCUUAAGAGUUUAUCAAUUUCAGUUUUGUUUGGUUGCGUUGUAACCCUUCCAAAGCCAUCUAUGUUUCCUUCCCAACUAAAGAAGUUGAGUUUGAAGGGUACUAACCUUUCAGAGAGGGAUUUAAAGGCAAUUGAAAUGUUGCCUAAGCUUGAGACUCUCAAAUUAGAAAAUGCCGUUCAUGUAAAAGUAUGGAAAGUAGAAAAAGGAUUUUUUCAAUUAGAAUUUUUGCUUCUUGAAAAAAAUAUGCUCAAGCAAUGGAUGAUCGAUGAUGAAUCCUUCCCACAUCUUAAGCACUUAGUCUUAAGAUUUUGUUAUUGUUUGCAAGAAAUCCCUAUGGCUAUGAAAAAUAUUGAUACCUUGGAGUCAAUUGAGUUGCAGCGGUGUUGUCCGUCCGUUAUCACUUCUGCAAAGUGGAUACAAAAAUGGCAACAAGAUCAUUAUCGAAACUUUAUUUUAGAGCUCAAAAUCAUUGGAGAAGAGUCUAUACCUUCUCAGAUGAUGAAUGACAAGCUAAGGUAUGGAUGCGAGAAUUGA